ACUCUCUGAACUCAUCACUAGCCAGUGCUACUGACCAAGUAUCUAUUUGUACCGAGUGGAGUGGAGGAGGAGGAAUGGCUGAUGCAGUGGGACAGUCCCAUGCAGGUGUGCCCCAUCAGAUCUCCAACCUCCUGCAGCUGGCAGGAGGCCACAAGGACAUUGUGGCAGGCAUCAUGCAGGCAGCCAGGGUCCAGCCAGCUGCUGUGGCCUCCCUUCUAGUCCAGAUCCUCCAGCAGGAUGAGGUGUCUGCCAGGCAGAAGGUGGCGGCAUACAAGAGCUUCAGGACCGGGUCGCUGGAGCAGGGGAUGGAGGCAGGACUUAUCGGCAGCCUCAUUGCUGUGGCCUCCCAGCAGAUGAGGGCGGCUCCAGAGGAGGCCUCGAUUGAGCUCCAGGCGGCUGCCAGUGAUACCUUGGCCCACCUCGCUGGCAGCUACUUCGGGCCGGUGAUGCGGGAGCUCCAGAAACACCUGAGGCCUUUUGUGUUGCCAGCGGAGUUCACCCUCCUCACCCUGGGCAAGGUCAUGGCGGCCAGCGUGUACAGGUGUGUCCCUUUCCUGGGCAUCACCCUGACCACCAUGCAGACCGUGAUGCGAGGGAUAGAUGACAGCAGGAGACGAGGGGCCUUCUGCACCGCCCUGGAGUGCAUGUGUGGGGCAAUCAGCACUUACCUGAGGAGCUGGGAGAGGAGCAGCUAUCCACAAAUCACGCUCCAGCGCUUCUCUGCAUACCUGCUCCCCAUGUACCGGUACCUCAUCAGCGCCUGGCUGCCCAGCGAGGACACAGAGGUCAAACUGGCUGUCCUCAAGGCCCUGGGGCCAAUGCUGAACAUCCUGCUGCCCAGGAAGGAUCUGCAAAACCAGAUUUAUGGGGACAUCCCCCUGCUCCUGGCUCAGUAUGGGAAGAACAUCGAGGCCUUUUACAUCACCAAGGUUCUGGGAGAGAUCUUGCAGGCCUCUUCCUCCAACAACCCGAUCCCAGAGAUGUAUGUGGAGGCCAUCUCCCAUACGCUGAGUUACCAGGUCACUUCCAAAGUGCAGCGGCCCUAUCGGCUCUGCAGGGAGAACUACACAGAGAUUUCCCACGUCUUCCUGCAGCUCGGAAAGGGGGUGGUGAGCGAGCUCCUGGUGCAGCACAGGACCGCUAUGCAGCUUCAGGGCCUGUGGGUCUGGCUGCCGGGCCCUGAGUGUGACCUGCUCCCUGUAGCAAUGGACAGUCUUCCCCGUGCUCCCAUGCUGCGCUGGACAGACACACCCCAAAGCUCUGCACACUCGGACGCUGAAGUUCCGGGGAUGGCCAGCCUGAAACACCUGUGCAUCAAAUCAGUGAAAUCAGUUCUUACCGAUGGGAGUCCCACGGAGCGUCCAAUUCGGAGCCUUCCCCUGGGGGGGCUGCUGGAAAAAGUGGUCCAGAAAACCAGCCUGGCCACCUUAGAAAUAAUCAUUGCCUCGGGCAGGGGGAUCAGCCAGGAGCUCUGGGAACGGCUCCUGGGCUGUGUUACCCGCACCUCUUACACUGAUUCCUUGACCCCCCUGUGCCGCUGCCUGAGGGUCCUGGCCACGAAGCGGCAGCAGCACAGACAAGCAGCCCGAGACUGCAGGGAUCCAGGACAUAGCAAGUUCUCUCUGGACCAGACCGCGUGGGAGCACAAGCUGUUGGAGUUCCUCCGAAAGACCUUGGGGAGGAGCAAAGAGGGUGGCUGGAGCCAGGAUCUGAGCCAGGAGCUGAUCCAGCAGAUAGGCAGCUAUGCCAGCGCCUCAGUGGAGAAGGCUUUCCUCUACAAGGCUCUGGGCACAGCCCUGGCCAUGAGCAGGGAUGUGGCUUCAGUGACAGGACAGCUCCGGACGCUGCUGUCCAUGGCCGACUAUCUGAAUGGUGCAGAGAUGGAGUGCCUUGGCUCCUGCCUGCAGCUCUGUGCCAGGGAGCAGCUGGAUGCCACCCUGAGAGCUCUAGGUGACUUUGAGGACGAAAUAGCGGAGGGGGAGGAUUCCUGGCAUCUCAACUUACGCAAGGGCCAGGCCUCACAGGAGAGGGACAGAGUGGGGAGCGCCCUCCUGCUGUUCUACAGCAGUGCAGCAGCCCAGGCGUCCCCCCAGCAGCUGCUCCCUCAGCUGGCGGACAAGAUUGUACCCAAAAUCCUGCACCAUUACAGCACCAGCUCCCAGGUAUCUGCCUGCAGAAGUUGGUCCCAAUCUCCAUGCCAUCCCCUCUACCCUCUGAGAUUGGGCUCCCAGGGCCUCACAGGAUCGGACCUCAGGCCCUGGGGAGAGGGCAGCAUGGAUUGA